AUGGCCAGAUGCUACGACGCUUACGGUCGAGCCUAUCGAUGUCGCUCCGGCUGGUAUAAUUGGGGGAGAUGGGUGGCACUCGGCGUCAUUGUGUUCGCCGCUCUGUUCUUCUUCUUCCUACUAUCAUGUCUGAGCGCUCGUCGCAGACGUCGCCAGGGGAGACAACCCUACUAUGGAACUGGCUGGGCAGGUCAAACACCCUGGGGCCACGGACCGGCGCAAUACAAUCCAAACUACCAGACGCAGCAACAGCCACAAUACAACCAGACACCUCAAGGGCCUCCGAACUAUAACCCACCACAGGGUGGAUAUUAUGGCGAAAACCAGGGUUAUUUCGGUGGAAGACAAACCGAUGUGGAAAUGCAACCACCGUCGAAUACCUACCGGGGAGGAGACGACGUCUAUCAGCCUCCUCCGGGACCUCCACCAAACAAGACCUAG